AUGGUGGGUCAGAGGGCCUGGCACAGACCGUUUGGCUUCCUGCUGCUGAUUCAGCUCUGCCUUCUGAAUCUGAGGGCCUCAGGCCAGCCCCAGCCAUCCCCCAGAGCCCCCGUGGAGGAGGACAUGUCCAUCCAAGGAGUGCGGGGCGGCUCUGUGGAGCUGGCCUGUGGCUCUGGGCCUGCCCCACUGGUGGUUCUCUGGAGCUUCACCCCCCUGGGCUCCCUGGUUCCCUGGCCUGUGGCCAUCACCAAUGGAGCCGCAUCCAAGGUGGAGGCCGGGGCCUCGGUUCUGGGUGUCGUGAGUCUGAGGAACAGCAGCCUGGUGCUGGGGGAGCUUCGGGAGGGUGCCCGCGGCCACUUCCUGUGCCAGGCCCUGCACGCUGCUGGCGGCCAGCUCCACACCACCUACUCCUCCUUCAGGCUGGCCGUGCUGGUGCCCAUAUCCAAGCCUCAGGUGCGGCUGAGUGACCCGUCUCCAGUGGAGGGAGCCUCCGUGGUGGCCACGUGUGCAGUACAGGAGGGCACGGAGCCUGUGACCUUUGCUUGGCAGCACCAGGCACCCCGCAGCCCUGGGGAGGCCCUGGUGGGGGUCACGGGGCCGCUGCUCCGGCUGGACCCAGUCAACCGGACCCACCUGGGCUGGUACGUGUGCAGCGCCCACAAUGCUGUCAACGGGCUGAGCAGUGAUGAAGCCUUACUGGAUGUCAUCUAUGGCCCGGACAAGCCUGUGAUCACUGUGGAGCCACUGGGAUUCACGGAGGAGGGUUUUUGGGCCAGUGAGAAAGAAGAGGUGACCCUGAGCUGCCUGGCUGCAUCCAACCCUCCUAGUCAUUAUGUGUGGCUCCAUGAACACAUUCAGGUCCACACUGGGCCAACCUAUGUCAUCACCAGUGCUGGUCCCGCCCACACAGGCCUGUACACCUGCCUGGCCCACAACAGCCACCUGGACACCCACACCCAGGCCACUGUCCAGCUCACCAUUUACUAUCCCCCCGAGGGGCAGCCCUCCUGUGCUGUGCUCCCCACCAUUGGGGCUGUGACUUUGCUCUGCACCUGGCCUGGGGGACUUCCAACUGCCCACCUGCAGUGGGAAGGGCCCCAGGGUACAGGCCCUGCUGCCCCCAGCAACAUCACCUGGAGUCACACAGCCACCCAGCUCCCCAGCGGCAGUGUCUUCACCUGCACUGGCCAGCACCCAGCCCUGGCACUGCCUACUCUCUGCAAGAUCACGCUCUGGGAACCUCUAGGGAGCCCCACCUGCUGGAUCGUGGCCACAGCAGGAGACCAGUUCAUCAUGCUGAGCUGUGAGUGGCAGGGAGGCAAGCCCCCCGCCCUGCUGAGCUGGCUGGAUGGGCAGCAGCAGCCGCUGGGCAGCAGUGGCUCUUCUCUGGCCAUCCACCUGCUGCAAGCCCAGGAAGGUCUGGCUGGCAGGGAGUUCACCUGCCAGGGCGCUCACCCACUCAGGACCCCUGACCCACAUUGCCAGCUCCAGCUAGAAGCCCCACAGCUGGCAGUGGUUGAGCCCUGGGUGUCAGUGCUGGAGGGGGGAGAGGCCUGGCUGAGCUGUGCCCUCCUGGGGGGCACGCCACCUGCCCAGCUCCUCUGGCUGGGCCCCCAGCGACAGCAGGUGGAAGCCGGCACUUUGGGAUUCGCGCUGCACGCCGAGGGUGCCCAGCUGCGCCUCCGCGUCCGAGACGCUGACCCGGCACGCCACAGUGGCACCUACCAGUGUGUGGCCCGCAGCGCCGUGGGCAACCGCAGCCGGAGCGUGGUGCUGGAGGUCCUGAGAUAUCCAGCUCCUCCCAACGUCACCAUCAGCCGCCUGACCUACGGCAGGCACCGGACAGAGGUGCAGCUGCAGUGGGCCGUCGCGGGCCCCGGGAACCUCACGGGCUUCCGGGUGCAGCGGAGGCCCAGUGUCCUGGGCCCAGGCGCUGGGGCUUGGGAGACGGCGGCCAGUGACAUCGAGCCAGAGAGCAGGGGCCGGCGACUGGGAGGCUUGGACCCGCGGGUCCUUUACGCCUUCCGCAUGCUGGCCCUGAAUCACCACACAGCUGGACAUCCCUCUGCUGUGAAGACACCAGCCGACCCCCCCUUCAGUGCCUACCCAGCAGUGUUGGGUGCAGCAGGCACAGGAAUGGUGGUGGCAAUGGUGGCCUCUCUCCUGGUGUUCCAGUACGCUGCUCGGCACCCUGAAACCUUCCCCUGCCUUGGUCCGUUCCUUGUUCCCAUGGAACAAAGGCAGCAACAGAGGCGUUCAAGGGGAGGCACUGAGGCACAGGCGGGCACUGAAACCCCAACCACCACCCCAGGUUCGGAUCCUGCAAGAGAAUCUACUGAGGCUCCAGUAAAUGUCACCAUCACAGUGACUGCAACACCAUGA